AUGUGGCAGGCUCACUCUGUCCAGUGGAUUCUGCAGGACAUCAGCUUUCAGGUAAAUCCUGGCGAGCUGGCGGUCCUGACCGGUGUGAACGGCGUGGGGAAGACUACGCUGCUGGAAACCAUUGCCGGGGUGAAAUCACCGCUGCGCGGCGAAGUGAGCGUGAAUGGCCACGCGCGGCGGAAGACCGUCGAGGCGGAAAAGGCGGCGCGCCUUUGCUCGCUGUAUCUGCCCAGCGACGUGUAUCUGCCGGCAGAGAUGACCGUGCAGGAAUAUCUGGAGGCGGCGUCUUCGCUGUACUGUGAAGAGGAAGCAGAAGCGAUCGAUCGCAUUGAAUCGCUGCUAGAUCUGUUCGCUCUGACAAACUCGCAGCGUCAGCAGACGGUGUCGCUGUCCGACGGGCAGAAGAAGAAGCUGGGGUUAAUCUCGGCACUGAUUGCAGAUCGUGAUGUCCUGCUGCUUGAUGAGCCAUUCUCGGGCGGACUGGAUCCGGCCGGCAUUCUGGCGGUGAAGCGACUGCUGCGGCGGCGUGCCGACCGCGGGCAGACGAUUCUGAUGACCACGCCUGUGACCGAACUGGUUGCCGAAGUUGCCGAUCGACUGCUUGUCCUGCGAGACAGUCGACUGGUCCACAAUCUGACGCGCGACGAAAUUCUGGCGUCCGUCGAUGACGGAUCCAGCGUGGUGGAAUCGCUGGAAGAGCUGGUGUUUCCUGACGUGCACCAUCGAGUCGACGCGUUUCUGGAUUCGAUGCCGUCGGAACUGUCAGACUGGUUGUGUCGAGCCGCGUGGGAUGGGCGACGUCGUCUUCGCAAUCUUGCGAUCCAUCUUGAGCCGCUGGAGUGUCUCUGCGUGGCCGGGAUGGUGCUGGUGGAAUCGGUGAUGGCGGGCGGGCUGUCCGUGUCGGCGCUGUUCGGCUGGGCACUGCGGAGAAUCGGUCUGCUGUCAUUCAAACCACAGAUCAUUGACCGUCGCUGUCUGGUCGUGUGGAUGGCGGCUGUGGGCAGCCUGGCGCUGCUGGUGGUGUCUGUUCCAGUGGCGGCUGGAGUGAUCGUAGCAGCGAUCUGGCUGCUGGAACGGGCGCAUCGAGAGGCGCUGGUGAGGUGGGCAGAACAGUCUGUGACGAUGUCAGUGGAUUUGCCUUUGACGCCGGACGGUCCGCCGGAUGAAGUGGCGAACGAGUUCGCACAGUCGAUGCGGCAGUCUUUCGGAACCGUCUCGACCCGCCAGCUGGAUCCGCGGGUCGCUCAGGUCUCUGAGUUUACCGACCGGCGGCCUGACGUACAAACCUCGUUGUGGAUCUCUCUGCUGGUCGCGUUUGUGCCGUUGCUGCCGGCCUGGUCGGUUGCCUCACUGCCCGCACCGGCCGGAAAGAUACCGACGUUUGACGAACUGGCAUUGGGUGCCACUUUUCUUGUCAGCGGAAUCACGAUCGUAUUCCUGCUGGCCAGACGCUGCUCAUGGCCACUGGACAAUCCGGCCACACGACGAACAAUAGGGUCGAUGAGCGUGAUUCGGGAAUUCUAUCAGCAGCUGUUUGACAGUGGUCAGGUUGGCCUGACAUCAAGCGCACCAGCCACCGACAAGGAACUGGAAGAUGUCGUCGAGCUGCUGAUGGCGCUGGAAGUUGCCCAGCGUGAGCAUCUGCCGGUGGACCCGCCGGCGACGGAUCGCCCGAGUGUCGCCUGGGCGGCCGCCAUGUUUUAUGGGGCGGCUCAGCUGACCGUGUAUCGCGAACUGGGUGAGUCGGAAAUCGAUCUGCGGCUGACGAAAGAGCUGACGACGUCCGCUCAUCCGGCGUCGACUGUUUACUCCGUCGAUCUGGUUUUUCGUCGGCUGCCCGAUCUGGUGCGGAUCGUCCGUGGGAUCAAUGCGGAGGAUGCGCUGCUGAGCGUCCUCCUGGAAUGGUGCCGCUGCUGGCCGCUGUCGUCGAUGAUCGAUUCCAAUACCGCAGAAGCGGUGAAACUCUCCGAACGGCUGGUGGAACGCGUCCUGGUGCCGAUCAAGGCGGAGUUCGUUGGCAAAGAUGAAAUCGUUGACCUGAUGGGAGUGUGUCUCGUCGGCGGCGAGCAUCUGUUCCUGUAUGGGCCUCCGGGCACCGCCAAGAGCGCCCUCGUGCAGCGUCUGGGUCAGCGGCUGCAUGGUCCUGUCUUCGACUAUCUGCUCACGCGUUUCACUGAGCCCAAUGAACUGUUUGGCCCUUUCGAUAUUCGGCGGCUGCGCGAGGGCGACCUGGUGACGAAUACUGAAGGCAUGCUGCCGGAAGCGUCACUCGUGUUUCUGGAUGAACUCCUGAACGCGAACAGCGCGAUCUUGAACAGCCUGCUGAUGGCGUUGAACGAACGCGUAUUCCGGCGAGGGCGGGAAACGCGUCGACUGCCGCUGCUGAUGGCGGUGGGAGCCAGCAAUCAUCUGCCGGAAGACGAAGCGCUGCGGGCGCUGUUCGAUCGGUUUUUGGUGCGAGUGCGCUGCGACAACGUGGAACAGGAACAGCUGAGUGCCGUGUUGCACGCCGGCUGGGCUCUGGAACAGCGCCACGGCGACGGCGACGAAGGUCUGUCAGUGGAUGAUAUUCGUACGGUGCAGCGGCUGGUGGCGGACGUGGAUCUGACCGCCGUUCAUACUCCUUAUGUCGAGCUGAUUCAUCGACUGCGACAUGCGGGCAUCAUGGUGUCCGAUCGGCGUGCGGUGAAAUUUCAGCGACUGAUUGCUGCCAGUGCGAUUCUGUGCGGUCGGCUGCAGGCCGAAGUCACCGAUCUGUGGGUGCUGCGAAACACCUGGGAUACGGAGGAGCAGGAAGAGAUUCUGCGCACGCUGGUUCAGCAG